AAGAAGAAACCCCAGUACACGGAAGUCAUACAGGAUCUUACAUGCUGGGUUUUCUGCCGCUUCCGCGGACUUCCCAGAUUUAGUUUCCUUAUUCCUUCGGCCGUCAGUUGAAACUCAAGCGGGCGUAACGAUGAAGCAGUUUUCGCGGAAGCCCCGAUAAGAGACGGCGGAGUUCCGAGUGGAUAUUCUGCCCCCCCGGGUCAAUGGACGCCAGCCCGGGACUGCUGUUGUGACAGCUGGGUUGAGCCUCCCUGGUCCGACUGCCCGACGGAGAGAGACGCGGAGACACGGAGACAGCUGCAGGAAGUGGUGAUUACAGCCGCUUAUUAUAGAGACAAAUCAUCUAAGUAGCUUCAAAAAGAAGCUCCAUCGGGCGGGAGAGGAAGAGCCUCACACCGACCACGGGUCAUGGCCUCUCCCCGGCUGAAGUACCUCUCUCUGGGCGUGCUGGUGUUCCAGACCACGUCGCUGGUGCUCACCAUGCGGUACUCCCGCACGCUGCAGGCCGAGGGCCCGCGGUACCUGGCCUCCUCGGCGGUGGUGGUGGCCGAGAUGAUGAAGAUCCUCGCCUGCGUGCUGCUGGUCUUCAAGGAGCACAAUUACAGCGUGCGCGCUCUGAACAGCAUUCUGCGGCAGGAGAUCGCCCACAAGCCGAUCGAGACGCUGAAGCUGGCGAUCCCCUCUGGGAUCUACACCCUGCAGAACAACCUGCUGUACGUCGCCCUGUCCAACCUGGACGCCGCCACCUACCAGGUGACGUACCAGCUGAAGAUCCUGACCACGGCUCUGUUCUCGGUGUCCAUGCUGGGCCGCCGGCUGGGCGUCUACCAGUGGCUCUCGUUGCUGGUUCUCAUGGCCGGAGUGGCCCUCGUGCAGUGGCCCUCCGAGUCCGCAGCGGCCCCCGAGAAGGACGCCCCCCCGCCGGGCUCCCAGCUGGUGGGCGUGGCGGCGGUUCUGGUGGCGUGCUGCUCCAGCGGCUUCGCCGGCGUCUACUUCGAGAAGAUCCUGAAGGAGAGCAAGCAGAGCGUCUGGGUCCGCAACAUUCAGCUGGGGCUUUUCGGCCUGGUCUUCGGCCUUUUUGGGAUGCUGGCAUACGACGGAGAGCGGGUGACUGAAUCGGGAAUGUUCCAGGGGUACAACGCAGUCACCUGGGCUGUCGUGGCGCUGCAGGCGCUGGGUGGUCUGGUCAUAGCGGCGGUCAUCAAGUAUGCAGACAACAUCCUCAAGGGCUUCGCCACGUCGCUGUCUAUCAUCCUGUCCACGCUUAUAUCCUACUUCCUGCUGCAGGACUUCAACCCCACCGGCGUGUUCUUCAUGGGGGCCAUUCUGGUCAUCGCGGCCACUUUCCUCUACGGCUACGAAGGCCGGGCGGCCCCCAACCCCAGCAGGGCGUAGGACACUCGGUGGGAGGGGGGGGGGCUGACAGCGGCCGCUGGAGGUCCCGUUGAAGCGGCGAGACGAGAUGAAAGGAAGACUGAGAGCAGGAGGAAGAAGAAGAAGAAGGGGAAAGGGUCUUUAUCGUAUACGAGGGCAGAGAGCGACCCGCUGCGACCGGCCUCACACGCCCAAUGCGCCUCAGCGGAGACCCACGAGAAGAGAGAAAUGCGGCGAUUAUUGCCGGCGUAGAUCCGGUGAGAGAUUUGGCUGCUGGUCUUCGGUCACAUCCACUCAGCACCUGGAGACGUUUCUGGAGCCGUAGUGAGAUUCUCAUCCACCUCUUGAGUUUGCAGCACUUAAGACACUUGACGCUCUUCUUUCGUCCCACUCCGAGAUCUGAACACACGUUUUUUUUUUUUCCUACAACUCGCCUCUCGCCACAGUUUGCUCUCAGGGUCACGCAGGUGCACAGGUGCACAUAGACCUCACCUGGCGACGCCCACAUUCACCAGGAAAAUGAGCUGCAUCUGCACACGUGUGACCGCGGCCCCCUGAAGCUACUCACAGCAGCACGAGCUACGACCAAGCCGGGGCCUCAGGGGCCCAAAACGGCCUUCUCCCGUCGGCUUACGAAAGAGACGUUUGGGGAAAACCUUUUGACAUGAAUAAAAUUCACCUCAUCUGUGGCUGCAGCAGCCAAAUGGUUUAGUGUCCUCGCCGCAUUCGCCAUGACUGGUAUCGUUUCCUGAAUAACGGCUUCCGUGAUACAUUUCAUCCAGGUAUUUUUGAAUAACUGCUGCGGUUGCCAGGCAACAAGUAGCCUUUGGGAUCUCUGAUUUCAGCACGGUGACAGAACCACGCUGUGACCGUUACUGGUGGAGCUGAUGCUUUACACUCAUCCGGGACUACGAAUCAAAGAAAAAAGGAAUAAUUCUGAUUAGAAGAUCAAUUCUCGGGUCAAACAGGGGUUACUCUUUGAAUAUAUAUUUGAUUUCUGAAGCCAUUGUGAUUAUGUGGUGACGGUUAUUUUGUAUAACUUGAUAUUGUGUUAACCUGGGGCGUAAGUAAUCACCACCAUUGAAAUUAUCUUAAAUCUGAAUGAGUUGUCUUUUUAAUUUAUUCAUUAGUUAAUUUGCUUUUCAAAGCCACUGUUUAUAAACAUCCAGCUCUUUACUCUCAUGUAAUAACAUGUACUGUUGUUGGAAUUUACAUUGUUUUUCCUUCUUCGGUGUUUUAAUUUCUUUUUUUUUCUUGGGAAAACACGGGUAUAAUAACUUUUAUUUUGAUUACCAAUAUCUGAGUGUUACAUAAAAAUGUUUCCUCAAUUGUGUUAAA